AGAUAUAUAUUUAAAAAAUAUACUAGAAAUACUAGAGAAAAAAGAAAAUUUUACAAACUCAACAGCUGCGUACACUUGAGAAUAUGAUAUAAAAUAAUAAUUUACAAGACGCUUAAACACGGAAAAAAUGCACUAAACAAAAAACAGCAAAUAAAAAGGAAGAAAAGAAAAGCAAAGAAAAGCCGAAGCUGAAGUGGAAAAACUUUAACUGUAAGAGAAUAACCAAACACACACAGAGACUCUUUGGGUUGUAAAGACAAACAAAGAAAGCAAAGUUGGAAAAAAGAAGAAGACAAAGAAGAAAAACAACAACACAACAACAAUAUAAUAAUAUUGCAAACAAUAAAGCAUAUACUCGCCAUAUAUUGAAAGAGAAGAGCAGAAAGAAGAAAAAAGCAAGUUGGGAGAUUUUUUGUAAAAUUAAGAGUUAUUAAGCAGCAACAGAAAAAAGAAAAUAGAGCUAGAGACAAUGUAAGCCAGCAAGAAGGAAACGAAACUGACAGAGCCAAAGGAGUAGAGGAAUAAAGCAGGAGAGAGACGGAGAGAGAAAGAGGAUUAAAGUAAAAUAUACGCGCCUCGUCAACAGCAAACACCGAAGAGACUAUGAAAAAUGCGCAACUGAAGCUGAGUGAAGUUGAUGAUGAAGAGCUGUGGCUGCAGCAGCAGCAGCAGCAGCAGAAACAGCAGCAGCAACAGCAGCAGCAACAGCAACUAGCUUUUAGAUUAGCACACARCAACAACAGCAACAGCAACAACCAACUUACUCAACAGCAACUAAAGAGCUUAAGUACAAAACACCAUAGUAACAGCAACGGCAACAACAACAACAACAACAGCGGCAGCAGCAGCAGCAGCAUCACCACAGCAUUAGCAACAACAAAAAAACAGCAUGUAGUUUUAUAUAAUGCAAGAGCUUUGCAGGAGCAACAGCAACAGCAACAGCUAGACAGCAACAUGUUGUCGGCGGCCAAAGGCGGCAGCAAUCAAGCAACAUACCCAAACAUAAGACUGUGCGCACGCAAGCGGCAAAGAUUACGUCGGCGGCGAAAAAGAAAACAACUAACAACACCAGCAACAGCAGCAACAACACUCAGCAAUAGCAACAGCAACGGCAACAGCAACAGCAAUCAAAGCAGCAACAGUGAGAGCAACAGCAUCAAUUCAUUUCAUGGCCUGUGGCCAAUUAGCGUUGGCAUAGCAUUGCAACUGUUGCUGCCAGCGUUGAGAUUGUGGCAAAUGCAGCUGCAGCUGCAACAGCGUGCAGCAAUAUUGCUACGAGCGUUUGCUGGCACAACCACCGCCAUUAUUUCCUAUCUAGUGCAGCUGCUAAGCAAUUGCAGACGUAGCAGCAGCAACAGCACAAGCGCCAGCAGCAGUAGCAGCAACAGCAGCAGCAACAACAACAGCAGCAGUAGCAACAGUUGCAGCGGUACACAUCUAAUCAACGGACUAAAUAAACACUCAUGGAUAUUUUUACUGAUAUAUUUGAAUUUAUCUGCUAAAGUUUGCUUAGCAGGAUAUCAUGAAAAGAGACUGUUACAUGAUCUAUUGGAUCCUUAUAAUACACUAGAACGUCCGGUUCUCAACGAGUCGGACCCGUUACAAUUAAGCUUUGGUUUAACUUUAAUGCAAAUUAUCGAUGUGGACGAGAAAAAUCAAUUGCUGGUCACGAAUGUGUGGCUAAAACUGGAGUGGAACGAUAUGAACUUGCGCUGGAAUACGUCCGACUAUGGCGGCGUUAAGGAUCUGCGAAUACCGCCGCAUCGCAUCUGGAAGCCGGACGUCCUGAUGUACAACAGCGCCGACGAGGGUUUCGACGGCACCUACCAGACGAACGUCGUGGUGCGCAACAAUGGCUCCUGUCUCUAUGUGCCGCCCGGCAUAUUCAAGUCGACGUGUAAAAUAGAUAUCACAUGGUUUCCAUUUGAUGAUCAGCGCUGCGAAAUGAAAUUCGGCAGCUGGACCUAUGAUGGAUUUCAGCUGGAUUUGCAAUUACAAGAUGAAACUGGCGGUGAUAUCAGCAGUUACGUGCUCAACGGCGAGUGGGAACUACUGGGUGUGCCUGGUAAACGUAAUGAGAUCUACUACAACUGCUGCCCGGAACCGUAUAUAGACAUCACAUUUGCCAUUAUCAUACGACGACGUACAUUGUACUAUUUUUUUAAUCUGAUUAUACCCUGUGUGCUGAUUGCAUCCAUGGCUCUGCUCGGAUUUACACUGCCGCCGGAUUCGGGUGAAAAACUGUCGCUGGGUGUUACGAUCUUGCUCUCGUUGACCGUGUUCCUUAAUAUGGUUGCCGAGACAAUGCCCGCCACCUCAGAUGCCGUGCCACUGUUAGGUACAUAUUUCAAUUGCAUAAUGUUUAUGGUAGCUUCAUCCGUUGUGUCAACGAUUUUAAUAUUAAAUUAUCAUCAUCGAAAUGCUGAUACGCACGAAAUGUCCGAAUGGAUACGCAUCGUAUUUUUAUGCUGGCUGCCAUGGAUAUUGCGCAUGAGUCGACCGGGACGUCCGCUGAUAUUGGAAUUUCCGACAACGCCCUGCUCGGAUACAUCGUCCGAGCGCAAGCAUCAGAUACUAUCCGAUGUUGAGCUAAAAGAGCGCUCUUCCAAGUCGCUGCUGGCCAAUGUGCUCGACAUUGAUGAUGAUUUUCGACACAAUUGUCGCCCCAUGACGCCCGGCGGAACACUGCCACACAAUCCGGCUUUCUAUCGCACGGUUUAUGGGCAAGGCGACGAUGGCAGCAUUGGGCCAAUUGGCAGCACACGAAUGCCCGAUGCGGUGACACAUCAUACGUGCAUCAAAUCAUCAACAGAAUAUGAAUUAGGUUUAAUCUUAAAGGAAAUUCGCUUUAUUACUGAUCAGCUACGUAAAGAGGACGAGGACAAUGACAUUGCCAAUGAUUGGAAAUUUGCAGCUAUGGUCGUUGACAGACUGUGCCUUAUCAUAUUCACAAUGUUCACAAUAUUAGCCACAAUAGCUGUACUACUAUCAGCACCACAUAUUAUUGUCUCGUAGCCAUAUGGGCGAGGUGGUUAUUGUUAUUGGUUUUAUUAUAAAAUCAAUUUGUUAAUUAUUAAAUUAAUAACGAAACUUUUUAAGUAAAU